GUUUGUUCCCAACCUUUGAUCCUCUGAUCAGUUCAGAACAAACAUGGAGUCCAUUAGCAGAGGCACGAAGCGUCUCCUCGUCUUACUGCCGCUCAUCAUUGCUUCUAUCCCAGCAUGCACUGGGAUCCCUGGAGGAGUGGUUCUGGACAAAACUGGGGCCAACCGUUUCCUCCAUCGCACUCGUCGGGCGAACCAGCUGCUGGAAGAGCUGUGGCAAGGCAAUCUGGAGCGAGAGUGUAAUGAGGAAAAAUGUUCCUACGAGGAGGCCAGGGAGAUUUUUGCCCUCCCGCAACAGCUGGAGAACUUCUGGAGGAGCUACACAGCUGUAGACAAAUGUUUGUCGUCUCCCUGUAAGAAUGGAGCGACCUGCACUCGACACAUCGACACCUACGUCUGCAAAUGUCCUUCAGGUUUCCAUGGACACAACUGUGACAAAGUGCGCUCAAACUCACGCAGCUGUCGCCACAGAAAUGGAGGAUGCGAACAUUUCUGCAGAGAUCUUCUGGAUCGUUCUCACAUGUGUUUUUGUGCUCGGGGAUACAAACUCGAUCAGGACAACAGCACCUGCAUCCCCGAAGCUGGUGUUGUCUGUGGAAGACCUCAGAUAAUUUUUGCACCCAGGGUUGUUAACGGGAAGAUCUGCCCCAAAGGACACUGUCCAUGGCAGGCUCUUCUGACUGAAAACAGUGCCUUCAUCUGUGGCGCCAUCGUCUUAUCAGAUCAGUGGAUUUUAACUGCAGCUCACUGCGUUUACCUCAAACCUAGCACCGUGUUCCAUGUCAUUGUUGGUGAACAUGACCUAAUAGAGAACGAGAAGACAGAGCAGCGGCAGCGGGUGCUCAAAGUCCUGAUCCACCCCAGCUACAACAAGACCAGCUCCGACGGUGACCUGGCUUUGUUGAAGCUUUACCGCCCAGUAAAACUGGGCCGCCACGUGGUGCCCAUCUGCCUUCCUGCCCGCAACAGCACCUUCACCCGGACACUGGCAACCAUCCGCCACUCCACUGUGUCCGGUUGGGGCCGCCUGGCAGAGUUCGGCUCCACCGCAAGAUUCCUGCAGCGCCUGGUGCUGCCGAGGGUCCCGCUUCAGGAGUGCCGCCUCCACACUGGGCUCAACAUCACCAAGAACAUGAUAUGUGCUGGUGUGAAGAGUGGCGGUCAGGACGCCUGUGAGGGCGACAGCGGCGGCCCACUGGUGACACGCUACAAGAAAACCUGGUUCUUGACGGGCGUGGUGAGCUGGGGCAAAGGGUGCGCCCAAGAAAGCAUGUAUGGUGUCUACACCAAAGUCACCAACUUCCUGGAGUGGAUUGAGAACAUCAUGGCAACCAGAUAAAAUUGAUUCUAGAUGGUUCAUGAAUACAUCAGAGUAAAAAAAUGCUGUGUUAGACAUGUUAGAUCAGUAAUCAUUGUCAAGGAGACAAAUAAUUUAUGAAGCGAAUAUUCAUUUUCAGAUGUUGUUGUACUCAAAUAGUUUUAACUUCCAUACCUUCGUACAUUUACCUGUUGUAAUGUCAUGAAGCAGGUACAACGGCAGAUUUUUGGUUUCAGUAGGUUUCUCAGAAGGUUUCUGACUCUCCUACAUCACGUCUGAUGAGACCCCACACAGAUGAGACUCUUAUAAUAAAGUUAAAUGUUGGUGCUGAACAAAAUCCAGAGUUCUGCAAAACCACCAAAAACCAAAGUGUUUGUCAAGUACAUAAAUUCAUCUGCUGGAAACUUUGUAGUUUUCUGUAGAAAUGACAAACAUAAAACCUGCAGAACAUGAAUGUGAUUUUUUUUUAACAAUAAAUAUGAAGUUCA